GUCAUUUACCGCCAUUCCGCACCUCCACUCGAAGCCAAGGCUCUUCCCCCUCCUAUGGCUCCUGCUCAAAAGCCUAGCAAUGAUGUCCCUAAUACACAGAAAGAGAGAGAUUUCUUGAAUCAUCUCGAAGCUUACCUCGCGAAGAGGGAUGGCGUCGACAAGCUACUUAAAAUCUCCAGGUACGCUACGAAGAUCAUCCUCGCUUCCUCGGUUCUUCCCCAAUCCCUACCCUUAAAUCGUCGCCUAAGAAGCUUCGAGUCCAGUGUCGGCGUUAGUCGAAAAGCCUUUCGAUUAGGUAAAUUCGUUCAGGACUUGAACGCUCUGAGGAACGCCAGUUUCGAUUCCAACGUAGAGAGAAUCCUUUCUGUUCUCGCUUAUGGAGGUGAGGGUUUUUAUUACUUUGUCGAGCAGCUCGUUUGGUUGAAUAAAGCGGGUCUCCUCGAUAGUAAAUAUUCGUUGAAGCUGCAGAAGAUCGCGGCCUGGGCUGAAUUCAUUGGGUUUUUCGGUAGUACUACCUUGAAAACCAGAGACUUGAAAAGGAUCAUUGAGAAAGAAACUAGUUUGAAGUCUCGUAUCGAGCUCGCUAAAUCGACGGGCCAUGGGUACGAUAAGGAAGCGGAGGAGAUGCGUAAACUGGGGGAGAAGAAGUUGAUAAAGAAGCUCUCCAUCGUUCAAGAUGCUGCGGAUUGGUUGAUGACCUUUUCGGAUGUUCGGGAUGGUAAGGGGUUCCUAUCGGAUCCCCUUUUGUUGGCAUCGGCAGGGCUUCUAUCGGCUCUAAUUAGUACGCAUAAGAACUGGCUGUCUUGCUGAGCUGAGUUGGAAUUUACUUGCUGAGGUUUUUUGGGGGUUUGAACUUACUGUACAAAGAAUCGUGGAUAUGCAUUUUUGGAGUAUGAGUUAGUAGUCCCCUCUAUGAAGCUUUUGGAAACUGGAACAGAUCUGGGAUAUAUCCAGACCUGAGUCCUCUUUGAUGGGACAUAUCCAGUAUCGACCAGACAGUAUGAACUCAUCAAUCUAAACCGUGAAACUAAAGCCUAUUGAAUGAGUUUUGUCUAAAUCCACAGACUAAGGUGCUUUGGUUACUCUCGUUUUGAGUACUGCCCAUAUCUAAGGAGCAGAACUGUAAUAACAUACCGGAGGAGAACUCUGCUAUUUACAUAGUCUGAUCAUUAGGCUGACCCUAAGCUGACAGCAAUAAAUGACAACUCAGACCCAGAUUUACAUGCGGCAAAGAAGAGAAAAUAUCAGCAAAAGACAGGGAGGGAAUAUGUAAGAUCAGCAUAUACAUCUCUGUGAUGAAAGGUAUUUAUUGUUUAUAAUAUUGAGUAACAAACAAAAUAUUUAAUAUUCAUUUCAUAGAUAUCAAAGCAAUAACUCGAGGAGUGGGGGAUGGAUGAUAGAAAAGAAACGGGACCCCUCCAUUCUUCUGAAGCAGAAAGAUGACAAUGGUACUGUAAUCUGCAUUUGGUGAGAAAUUGAAAUGCAUAGGGACUAUAGCUCAA